GAUUCCGGAAGAUUUCGGAUGUUGAAAUUACGCAGAACACAACUUUUAUGUUCUCUCAAAUUAAUGCUUAAAAAUAUGGACACAAGUAAAGUUAAAGUGAAUAAAGGUAGAAAGAAUCUUCCUAAAGAAGAAUUAGACAAGCUUUCAAAGGAUGAACUCGUAGAAAUGAUUAUAAAAUUGGAAGCUCAUAAUAAACAACUGAAAAAUAUUCUUGAAAAGAAAAUAAAUCCAGUAAAAGAUGAAUGUAAACGUAAGGAAAGUGACCGGUCAUUUGAUUUUUCAAAGCAUCCUAAACGUCACGUUUUGCUGAAGUUCUGCUAUCUGGGAUGGGACUACGAAGGCUUUGUCACUCAGGAAAACACGAUAGAAACAAUUGAGCAUCAUCUGUUUGAAGCACUCACAAAAGUGUGUCUAAUUGAAAGAAGACAGACAUCAAACUAUAAUCGAUGUGGAAGAACCGACAAAGGCGUUUCUGCAUUUGAACAAGUCAUCAGUAUUGAUCUGCGAAGUAAAAUUGAUGCCAAAGAUCAAUUGACACAAUCUGGAAUUGUUUCUGAAAUCAAAUAUUGUUCAUUGUUGAACAGAGUCCUUCCGAAGAAUAUUCGCGCGAUUUCAUGGAUGCCGUUGGUGACUCAAACUUACAGCGCACGCUUCGACUGCAUUGGCAGGACUUAUCGAUAUUUCUUUCCUCGAGGCGACUUGAAUGUCAGUAAAAUGCAAGAAGCUUGUUCUUAUCUUGUUGGAUCUCAUGAUUUUCGUAAUCUUUGUAAGAUGGAUGUGGGAAAUGGAGUCGUUCAAUAUAUCAGAAGACUUGACAGCGUCAACAUUAAAAUAGCAUCGAAAAAUCAUGAAAAUCUUGAAGAGUUUGAUUUGUUGUUCCUCGAAAUCAAAGGAUCAGCUUUCCUAUGGCAUAUGAUUAGAUGCAUUGUAUCAAUACUUAUGAUUGUUGGACAGCAAAGAGAAUCACCGAGCAUAGUAAAAGAAUUGUUGGAUGUCGAAAAGAAUGAACAGAAACCACAAUACGCGUUGGCCAGCGAAUUCCCUUUGAUUCUCUUCAAAUGCGACUUUCGUGAAGAUCAACAAGAUCCUGAAGAGUUACCACUGAAUAUUGACAUGCUUAAUAAAUGGAUUUACGAUGAAGAGGGAUUGAAAGAUGUCAUCAUUGAUCUGCAAGAACAAUGGUGCUCGGAAUCUGUCAAAUCAAUUAUGAUUUACGAAAUGCUUAAAGUUCUUCAAUCGCAAUAUGCCAAUCACUUCUCAGACUUUCCCGAAAUUAAUAUGCAAGCAUGCUCAUUGAACAGAGAUUAUAGGAAAAAGGAAUAUAAAAAACUUAUGGAUCGAGAUAAAGGUUUAACGUUGGAGGAUAGAAUUUGUCAUUACACAAAGCGAAGACGAAUUUUCCAUACUGAAGGUGAAACGUUAACAGAAGUUGACAGCAGCAGCAGCAAUAAUAACAAAAAUUAAAAAAAAAAGUUCGCUCAUUGAUGUUUUAAGAAAAAUUUUACUAUUACUAAAUAAAAAUUCUUUAUUUAACAUUCAUCUUCGUUUCGCUUUCAUAUUUUUCUCCAUUUUCUGAAUUUUCUUUUUCGUCGAUUGUCGAAUGGAGUCAACUUGUUGUUUAACACUUCCAUUCAAAUAUUGUUGAUUUCUGUUGUCAUCUUUGACGUCAAAUAUUUCUGUGACAUCAACUAGCCUUGAUUUGAAGAACAUUUGUGGUUUGAUGAUGUUUUCACCUGGUUUUCUUAAGAUACUUAGAAGACCCCAAGGUCGACCAUCACUUUGUUUGUUUUCUACUGAUUCAAGAAUCCACGCAGCGUUCCUCGUUUCCAUUUUAAAUCUUUCAAGUUCCUCAAAGCUAAGAUUUUUACUCACGUUGAGAAGUGGCUCGAGAGGAUUAACAAUCCACAUUGCUGAAUGGUCAGCUUUAAGCAUUGGACGUCCUUCAAGCAGCGAAACAGCUCGAUUAGAGAAGUCAAAUUGCGAGUAAAAUUCGAAGAACUGUGAAAGCAAACGACUUAACGAAUCUUUGUUUUGUGUUUGGAAUUUCAGAUUGUUGAUGUCGCGUUUGAAUGUACAAUUGACGUUACCAUCAGCGAUCCGAAUGUCUUCUUUUGUCGCUGACUUCACGAGAAGAGUCAGAGGCGGAAGAAUUGGUUUCUUUAAGCACUGUAGAAAGAACAACACUAAGAUUGUUAAUGAAAAGUUUGAAAUCCAACGACCUGGUGAUGGGUUUGUUAAGCCAGAAGUAUUUGCCCAUUUUCUAAUACAAAACGUUAAUGGUCUUACUCGUUCAUCCAUCUCACCGUAUAAAUAAAGAAGUUCCGACAUGUAAAGGCCAGUUAAACUUCCCAUUGAAAGAUCUACUUCCAAAUCAAGACAUUCGUGAUUAUAUUUGAUGAUUGGAACACGAGCUUGGAGGAUUCUCCGAACAUUUAUGAUGCCAGGAAGGAAAAUAUGAAGAACGUCACUGACUGUUUCCAUUUGUCGUUGGAUUUGAGUUCGUUCAUUUGCUAAACUAACUUUUGUAUGAAAAACUAAUCGUGAAUCGGAUGAACUGGGAAUACCUUGAUCCUUAUGUAUAUUCAAAGCAAUGUCUAAAUCGCAGCCCAUCUUUCCAAAGCCAUUAACUGAAGAUCCGAAUGGAAAUGCUUUGAUGAAAGGAAAAAUACCAGAAAAAGCUGUUUCCAAUUGUUUACAUAUUAGAAAUCUUAUUCUUGUCCCAAAAUCGCUUAGACAUGUUGCUCGAUAAACGGAUAAUAUUUGAUCAUCAAUAUUUUCAACGAAUUGAAGAUUUUCUUCAAGAGUUUUCUCAUCGAUAACUUUGAUGUCUUCAGAUUUGAGAAACGGCGGAAUUUUAUCCGAAAUUACAGAAGCUUUUCUUGUAUUUAAAGCUCUGAACCAAAGAAAACGAGAACUCACGGGAACUCCUAGGUUUUCCUCAUUGAAGCUUGCAUGAUUCAAAGCAUUGUCACAACUAGAAACAUCAUCAAACUCCAGCAGAAUGAAAUGAUUGUUUGCUUCUGAAAUUUUGUAAUGAAAUGCUGAUUUAAUCGAUCCAAAUUGGGAACAAUAGUUGAAUAGCUCCUUAUAAGAGUUUUCAGAAUUCACUUGAAUAGCUAACGACCUGCUUGCUUCAUGUCUUCGAUCCUUUAUCAUCUCAUCAAAACAAAUAAUUCUUUUUGAAUUUUGGUCGUC